UCACCGUUCGGACGACCUGCAAGAUGGCGCCGAAAGUCAAGAAGCCUAAGAAGACAACCUGGAAGUUUGGUUUGGACCUUACUCAUCCAGUAGAAGAUGGAAUUUUUGAUUCUGCAAAUUUUGAACAGUUUCUACGGGAAAAGGUUAAAGUUAAUGGAAAAACUGGAAAUCUUGGGAACGUUGUUCAUAUUGAACGCUUCAAGAAUAAAAUCACAGUUGUUUCCGAGAAACAGUUCUCUAAAAGAUACUUGAAAUACCUUACCAAGAAAUACCUUAAGAAGAACAGUCUUCGCGAUUGGCUUCGCGUGGUUGCAUCUGACAAGGAGACCUACGAACUUCGAUACUUCCAGAUUAGUCAAGAUGAAGAUGGAUCUGAGUCUGAGGACUAGGUGAAGCCACCUUUUAUAGGGCUCUGCUUACUAAUAAAAGAAAUGAAGAAUACAAGAGAAACAUCUAGAACUGAACUUCUAGUUUGUGAAUAAAAAACACUAUGUUAAGCUUUUUGUCUCUUAUUUAAAUGUAUGUUGUUUACAUGAUGUUGACUGUCCUCUGAUAGUUUCUGUAAGGAGUAGUUAAAUAGCUUAUAGCUAGUGGAAUUUUCCCCAGGAUUUCAGAAAUUUAUGCUUUUACAAAUGUCCUCAGGUUAAAGUGUGUAGCGUUGUAUGGGAAAUAUUAAAGCACAGUUUGA